CGGAAGAAGUGUCCUGAAAACCGACCCUGCUGUUAUGCGUCCUCAGUUUUAGCAUUAUGUAUCCAAUUAGCUAUCGUUAGUUCAUUUGUGGGUCUUUGGCCAAGAAAGCGGCCCGUCGGCAGAUAUUUAGCUACCUUUCUCUUCACUGCCAGUAUUAAGAGGUCUGUUCCAGACUUUGGAUGGAGCCAGUACCCAAGAUCUCAUUAUUUUGUACAACCCAAGAGAACCUUAGAUUUAAGGAUUCAGGCAUUUGUGCACAUCAGUUCAAGAGCAAUGGUCAAGUAUAUUUGUAACAGCACAGAAAUCAAGAGUGCAUGGGACCAUGUUGUCUCUGCGUUCUGGCAAAGGUAUCCCAACCCCUUCAGCACCCACGUGCUCACAGAGGACGUGGUGUACCGGGAGGUGACAGCGGACCACCGGCUCUUCUCCAGACGCCUCCUGACCAAGACCAAUCGGCUGCCUCGCUGGGCAGAGCGGUUCUUCCCUGGUGGCAUGGCUCGCUGUGUGUAUAUCAUCGAGGACUCCAUCCUGGACCCCGUGAGCCGCAGCCUGACCACCUACACCUGGAACCUCAACCACACCACUCUCAUGUCUGUAGAAGAGCGGUGUGUUUUCCGAGAUUCAGCCGAGCAGCCGGCAGCCACGCAGCUGAGACGGGAGGCGUGGAUCUCCUCCAGCAUUUAUGGCUUUUCCAGACCUAUUCAGGAGUUUGGACUGGCCCGCUUUAAGAGCAACCAGGUGAAGGCCAUGAAGGGGCUGGAAUAUGCGCUGUCCAACCUGCAGGGAGAGACGCCCCAGCGGCUGCUCCGGGACUCGGUGAAGGACGCGUCCGGGAAGGCCAAAGAGGCGGCCAAGACUCUGGCCUCGGCCGCCGGCCCACAGAAAGCCCCGCAGUACGUCUGACCGGGCGGGAAGAAGCACAGCGGGCGCCGCUCAGGUCCACCACGAAGACACUUCUGGGGAUGUGUCCAAUUACCUCUGCUGUUAGAUUAGUACUCUUGCACUUUUUAAAAGAAAACCAGAUCCGGAGCCCUCGUGCGGAGCGUUUCCGUCUGACACACCAGCAGCACCACGUGCUCCUGCAAGCAGAACCACGUGGCCACAACUCUCUCGUUAGAUUUGAAGCGACCAUGAGCACAUUGUUGUUUGUUGUAAAGGAUCAGCUGCUUUAGGUUUUUUUUCUCCAAAAAAAAAAAAAAAAAAAAAUGCUAAUCGUUUUGUGAAUCUUUAAUUUAAAUGGAGGCAAAGAAGAACAAUUCUUAUUUUUGUGUAAUGCUCCGAAAAAAGGAGCAGUGUUUUGGUUUGAAAUGGUUCUAAUUUAAAAUGUUGCAGAAAGCAGCACGAGCAGAAAAGCAUGAGCAUGCUGACAAUCACACGACAAGUGACUUCUGUCCGAAUGAGCAAAGACUUCCCUCGUGUCUGCUCAGAUUUACACUGAUGUUAUUUGCCUUUAACUGUAUGACUGAGUACAGUAGUGAAAGCAUCAUAUCAGUCCGCCUGUCGACGCUCAUCUGGUGGUGACGUUAUCGUUGUGAACAUUUCAAUGACCGCAUUCCCUUUAAGGUGAUGGAUUUUUAUCAUUGUGCUUCGGGGCUGAUUUUCAACUAUGAUGGUGACGUACUUGUAAUAAUAAGCUAAUGCAGAAUUGUUGUAAACAGGCUACAAGUUGUUGGAAAUAGAUUCAAAAUUGUAAAGGAGCUGUAGAAUUAUAUCCUGAUGCUUUAAAAAAGAAGUGUGUUUUGUCUCUGUGAUAAAAAAAAAAGCUUGAAUC